GCCAGGAGUAUGAUGUUUGUUUUGAGCCAGCAAAGACACUGAUUGAAUUCCAAAACGGUGACUUGCUGUUUCACUGCAUUGAGGAAGGAGUGAGGACAUUUCUCAAGACAACGGAUUUGUUCCUGGAGCCACUAAGAGAAGAAAGCAAUAAUUUAAGUCUGCCAUUAAAUGAGUUUAAUCCUCAAGAAAAUCAAGACAAAGAUAUUUAUCAGAAUGCAUUUGAGAAGGCUUUAGAUAAUUAUGAGAUCUGCAAUGUGAAAUCUAAAUCAGUGUUCCGUAAUAACAGCAAAGCACUUACAACAUCUUAUAAUGAUACAAGAGAAAUCCAGACAGCUGGAGUAGCAAUACUGGAUUGCUUGGUACAAACUCCUCCCAUUGCGCAUUGCGAAUGUAAAACCUCUAAUGAGAUUAUGCACCCUGGAAAUCAUGCCAUCAUUGAAUGCAGUGAAAAGGCCCCCCAGGCAUACAGCCAGGAGGAGCUUGCAAGUGACAACUGGGAAGCAGAAGCCUUUGUCCUGAAGCAUCCGACCAAAGAAUCUGGUGUAGAUGCAAUUUCCAACCGCUUUACUAAGAGUAAAGAGUAUGACUCCAGAACUUCAUCGAAAUGCAGCAAUAAUCAGGAUAAUGGGGAUGUCACUGACUCUGCUUUUAAAGACGACUUUUCUAUGGAAUUAGGCAAUAGUAUAACAGCCAGCUGCUCCAAGCACCCUCGUGGUAUUCUCGGCCUGUCAAGUGAAAAGGAUGAAAGCCCACUGUAUAGCAUGUUCCCCAGAUCUGGAUUGGAAGAAGACUAUAAAGUAUUUGGGAGUGAACAUAAAGCAGACAUUAACUGGGCUACUCUAAAUAGGCAGUGGGGUGAACUGUACAGCGCUCCCAAGAAUCCCACAGUACCGUCCAAAAGAAAGGUUUCCGCAGUGGUGGGAAUGGCUUCGCUUGUAGGUUCCUUGGAAAAAUUUAGGAGACAGUUUGGAAAAAUGCAGCAAUCUGUUGUGAGUCCGUCUGUAGGAAAUAAUGGACUUUUGUUCCAAGCUGGAAGUGACCAGAAUGAAGACAAAUCCAAUCUUUGUACCAAUAAUAAAAUGACUGAAACACAGGAACUGUCCAGCUUAUUGCAAAAACCUCCUGUUCCUAUUCUGGAAAACACAAAGGACUCUGGGCACUUAUUAUCAGGCAUCAGUCCUCUGACAUACUCAGACUAUGCUCAUUUAAAAAGGAAUGAUUCAGGUCAGCAGAUAGUUCGUAGCUCACUUACUGCUAAACUGUCUAGACAGAAACAGAGCAUGAAGGUCGGUCUCUCUAACGAGACACCCAAAACAAAAGAAUUCCCACCCGAGCAUAUACCAUCCAUGGAGUUAUCUGCUGUAGAUCUUAUUACAUCACCACACAUUACUGGGCAGAGAGGAGAAACCAUAGAGCUGUCCUCUAUUGGUCUUAUUACACCGCCUAUUACUGGGCAGAGAGAAGAAACCAUAGAGCUGUCCUCUGUUGGUCUAAUCACACCGCCAAUUACUAGGCAGAGAGAAGAAACCGUAGAGCUGUCCUCUGUUGGUAUUAUCACACCACACAUUACUGGACAGAGAGAAGAAACCAUAGAGCUGUCCUCUGUUGGUCUAAUCACACCGCACAUUACUGGGCAGAGAGAAGAAACCAUAGAGUUGUCCUCUGUUGGUCUAAUCACAUCGCACAUUACAGGGCAGAGAGAAGAAACAAUCAAUAAUGAUUGUCCACUGUCAAGCUGUGGGGAGCAGAGGAUUUGCACCCCGAAUAAAGCUCACUUAGAUCCCGACGUUAUACCCAGAGUUCCCAGUGAGAGCUCAGAGUCUUCUGAUUGGUUGCUGUGCUAUGAAGCCUCUCUUGGGAGAAACAUUUUCAUCAAUAGAGUCACAGGAAUGAGUAGUUACAGAGCACCACAACAAGACAUGGAAACUGUGUAUGAAACAGAACUUACUGCCAUGGUGGAGAGCACUGUCUACGGUAAUGGUGUGUAUCAAUACAUGAUUCACUAA